GCGAUACGAGAAAGUAAGCAUAGACAUGGAGGCCGUAGGCUAGAUAUUGUACGAAGAGUUUUUAGGCCAUUACCAUCAAGCCGCAACGCUUGAGAAGUGCAUCUUUUUAAAAGACAGAAUCAUCUUCUUAAGACGAAUCUGUUAUCUUUAACUAGACACUUCUGUGGAUAUUGUGGGUGUGCUCGUUGGUGCUGGCCAUGGCAGCGGACAUCGGCUCCCCGCCGCGCUUCUUCCACAUGCCGCGCUUCCAGCACCAGGCGCCCCGGCAGCUCUUCUACAAGCGGCCCGACUUCGCCCAGCAGCAGGCCAUGCAGCAGCUCACCUUCGACGGCAAGCGCAUGAGGAAGGCCGUCAACCGCAAGACCAUCGACUACAACCCCUCAGUCAUCCGCUACCUGGAGAAUCGCCUGUGGCAGCGAGACCAUCGUGAUUUCCGAGCCAUUCAGCCGGAUGCAGGGUGCUACAAUGAUCUCGUUCCCCCUGUGGGCAUGCUCAAUAACCCCAUGAACGCAGUCACCACCAAAUUCGUCAGAACCUCAACUAACAAAGUCAAAUGUCCCGUCUUUGUUGUACGGUGGACCCCAGAGGGGAGGCGUUUGGUGACUGGCGCCUCCAGUGGGGAGUUCACUCUGUGGAAUGGGCUUACUUUUAACUUUGAAACUAUUCUUCAGGCGCAUGACAGCCCAGUGCGAGCCAUGACUUGGUCCCACAACGAUAUGUGGAUGCUGACCGCAGACCACGGAGGCUACGUGAAGUACUGGCAGUCCAAUAUGAACAACGUCAAGAUGUUCCAGGCACACAAGGAGGCGAUUAGAGAGGCCAGUUUCUCUCCCACGGAUAAUAAAUUUGCCACUUGCUCCGAUGAUGGAACUGUUCGCAUCUGGGACUUUCUGCGCUGCCACGAAGAGAGAAUACUGAGAGGUCAUGGUGCAGAUGUCAAAUGUGUGGACUGGCAUCCCACCAAAGGUCUAGUGGUGUCUGGGAGCAAGGACAGCCAGCAACCAAUCAAAUUCUGGGACCCCAAGACAGGACAAAGUCUGGCAACUCUACAUGCCCACAAAAACACAGUUAUGGAGGUAAAAUGGAACCUCAAUGGCAAUUGGCUGUUGACUGCUUCACGUGACCACUUGUGCAAACUCUUCGACAUCCGCAACUUAAAGGAAGAGCUGCAAGUCUUCAGGGGCCAUAAAAAGGAAGCCACAGCCGUUGCCUGGCACCCCGUCCACGAAGGCCUGUUUGCCAGCGGGGGCUCUGACGGAUCCCUCCUCUUCUGGAAUGCAGGUGUGGAGAAGGAGGUGGGGGGCAUGGAGAUGGCACACGAGGGGAUGAUCUGGAGUUUGGCCUGGCACCCCCUGGGACACAUCCUGUGCUCCGGAUCCAACGACCACACCAGUAAAUUCUGGACCAGGAAUCGGCCUGGAGACAAGAUGAGGGAUCGAUACAACCUAAAUCUGCUACCGGGGAUGUCUGAGGAUGGUGUGGAGUAUGAUGACAUGGAGCCCAACAGCCUGGCUGCUAUCCCUGGGAUGGGCAUUCCUGAGCAGCUGAAAGUGGCAAUGGAGCAGGAACAGAGUGGUAAAGAGGACGCAACAGAGGUGGAGAUGACAAUCCCUGGGCUCGACUGGGGUAUGGAGGAGGUGAUGCAGAAAGACCAGAAGAAGGUUCCACAGAAGAAAGUUCCUUACGCCAAACCUAUUCCGGCCCAGUUCCAGCAGGCAUGGGCAGAGAACAAAGUGCCCACUUUGCCCCCGGGAGAGAUGCCGAAGGAGAGGAAGGACGAGAAGAAGCUGGAUGUGAAGAAGAAGACGCAGGCCGAGAUUGAGCAGGAGAUGGCUGCCCUGCAGUACACCAACCCUCUGCUGCUGGAGCAACUGAAGAUUGAGCGUCUUGCUCAGAAACAGUCAGAUCAGUGCGUGCCACAAGCAGGAGCCCAGCAGGGGGCGAUGCAGCCUUUCCCAGGCCAGGGGCCCAUGCCUCCGCCCCACCAAGGAUUUCAGCAGUCUCUUCCCCCACAACAGAUGCCUCACAACAUGCCACAUAUGGGCCCCGGGGGCCUCCAGGGCCCCUUCAUGCCUCAGGGCCAGAUGGGCCCUCCAGGGCCGCAGAUUCACCAAGGCCCCCCUCAGGGAUUCAUGGGGCCCCCAGAAAUGCAUGGGCCCCAGGGCAUGCAGAGACAUCCAGGGCCCCACAGACACAUGGGGCCUCAGGGGUCACAGGGAAUGCAUGGUCCUCCAGGAAUGCCCCCUGUGUCCAGAGGAGUGCCGGGGCCUCCCCCAGCAGGAAUGCAGUGCCCCCCUGGGCCACCAGGGGGCAUGAUGGGGCCCCCCUCUCGAGGAAUGGGACCUAGAGACAAUCAGGUGCCCCCACCUCAAGGAGGCAUGAUGAUUCAGGACACACGGGGUCCCCCGCCCCAGCGGAACAUGAUGGGCCCCCAGGGGCCCCCCAUGCAGGGAGGGAUGAUGGGGCCUCCAAUGCAUGUCCAGCAGGGUCAACAGAACCCCCCGAGGACACACGGCAACAUGCAAGGCCCCCCAGGCAAUAUACAGGGCCCUCCAGGCAACAUGCAAGGACCCCCAGGCAAUAUGCAGGGCCCUCCAGGCAACAUGCAAGGACCCCCAGGCAAUAUGCAGGGCCCCCCAGGAAACAUGCAGGGACCUCCGGGCAACAUGCAGGGCCCUCCUGGCAACAUGCAGGGACCCCCAGGCAACAUGGGGCUUCCGCCCUACAUGCAGCAAGGCAAAUCGCCACUUUUGGGUGAAGGAUCCAGAGGACAGUAUAACCAGAUGGGUCAGACUCCAGGGCCACAGUCCAUGAUGGCAGGAAUGCAACAAGGACCCAACGGCAAAGGAGAAGCUCGCGGACCCCCCAACCACCACUUGGGGCCCCCACCUGAUCGUCGAGGGCAGGAGGGGGGUGGUGUGCCGGACCAGGGUUCGGACAGGGGGGGCCAAUACUGGGGAGACUCUCGCGACGGGCGCCGCGGGCCCCCCGACUACGAGGGAACGGAGGAGCGAUUCCACACGCGGGGAGACGAUGCGUGGAGGCCCCCCAUGCAGCAGCGGGGCCCCGGCCAGGACUUCCAGGGGGACUCCAGGGGCCACAGAGGAGGCGCUGGCGGGAAGUGGGAGUCCCACCGGGGCUCUGAGGACGCACGGUUCCGGGGGCGAAGAGAAGACAGGUUUGACAAUUAUGAGGGUCCUGGGGAGGAACUAGACCAGAGGCAGAGGGAGCAGAGACGCCCUCCACACCCUCCCCGACACGGCCAGGACACGGAAGACACGUUCCGGAGGGGAGGACCCGCCCGACAGGAGGCGCGGGGGGGCCGCGGGUACCCAGAUGAGUUUGGGGUGGAGGAGAGCUUCGACCCCGCCGAGGAGCCCGGGCGAGGCUGGGACAGCGGGGGAAGAGGAAGGACACGUGGAGGGGCUCGAGGAGGAGGGGGUGCCCGGAAGGGGCUUCUCCCCACUCCUGAUGAAUUCCCCACUCCUCAUUACGAAGGAGGAAGAAACUCGGACGGAUGGGAGGGAGGACGAGAUCAAGGCCAUGAGGCCUACCGGGACGGACAGCGACCGGACCACACCCCGCGUGACAGUCCUUCCCCCGCCAGUAGGGAGCGCUCUUCCUCUCUGCAGGGCAUGGACAUGGCCUCCCUGCCCCCCCGCAAGCGGCCGUGGCACGAUGGACCAGGCACCACGGAUCCACGGGACCGAGACUCGCCAGGAGCGGGCUCAGAUGAGAGAGCAGCAGGGCGCUCCUCUCACAGGGACGAGGGCGGAUACGGAGUGUCGUCCCGAGGCGGUAGAGGGAGCUGGGGUCGGGGGGGAGCGGCUGGAGCCGGAGGAGCGGGCGGGAACAUGAGCGGCGCGGGUCCAACGACGAGGCGAGGGGCAGCCCGAGGGUCGUCGCGAGGGGGCCGUGCCCGGUAGGACUGGAUCUGAAUAGAGGGCGAACGCCAGAGUACACCACCAGGUGGUGCUAAGGAGCACAGAAGGACUGCAGGGAGGCGGGACCAAGAGAGACACACCUCCACCUCACAUCAUUUGAGCUCCCAGCAGAAUCUAUGUUUGCACACGAUGAGCUCUAUGUAUCAGUGUAUAUCUAUGAAUCUCUGUGCAUCUCUCUGACACAUGAGUCCCAGCCUUCUCCCUGACUCUCAGUGGUCGUACUGGGAAUACUGAGCGUGUAGCCUCACAUCUGACCCUCACCCUGGUCUCCUACUGAGGGCGGAGCCUCCAGACUCUGAUUGGACACUUGCUGAAGGUGUGGCCUCCUCACUGAUUGGACAAACGCUGAAAGUGUGGCCUCCUCACUGACUGGACACAUGAUGAAGGUGUGGCCUCCUCACUGAUUGGACAGACGUUGAAGGUGUGGCCUCCUCACUGUUUGGAAACAUGCUGAAGAUGUGGCGUCCUGUAAUCCUCAUGGAAUCUGAGAUUGUGACAUCCCACUAUUAGUAUAGUUCUAUCUCCUUUCAGCCCACACAAGCCACCUGAUUUCAGUAAGUAGAACGCAGCAUGCUUAGCAGGGUUGAUGGGAGGUGAAGUCCAAAGUUUGUUUAAUAUACACCUGUAGUCCUCACUGUGCACUUCAUAUUCCAUGAAUUCCUCCACACAAUGUUUAAUGGCAUUCUGCCUAAUGAACGCACCCUGAUGUCCAUUUUCACUUAUGACACAGAAACCAGUGAGCCACUCACCUUUGGCUGUUCUGGGCCCCCUGUGUUUUCUGUUUACAGAGGAGCUGAAUUAGCCUGUCUCACUUUGCGCUUUGCUCUGUUUAUGAGGCCUACCAGGAAAGAAGAAACUUACAAAAGCAUUGUUUCCUCACUGAGACUCCAGCUAGGAAUUACUUUGGUCUGAUCACUCUAUGUCCUCAUGGAAACUGAGAAUCCAGCUGUGAUUACUCUUAUCAGAGGGUAUAAUUCUUACUCCAGCCAAAAAGAGGCCCUGAAAUCAGCAGUGGCAGUGUGUCAAUAAUGUGAACAUACCCUAAUCUCACUCCUAUCCCAGCACAUUGCCACUAUCCCAACAGAGUAAUGGCAAGACUGGGGCUGGGAAGAGAAAUCCUU